AUGUUGAAGACGACGAACCCUUUGCCUCCCCCCAGGGACUUCAGUCUGCUGUUGGGUGCUGUAGCGAGGAUGAAGCACUACUCGACUGCCAUCCGCUUGAGCCAGGUGAAAGAUGCUCUUGUAUUGUUGAAAGAGAUGACUAGCGGAGGCAUCCAACCCAACAUAUUCACUUAUAGCUCGUUGGUUCACUGCCUAUGCAACAUAGGCCAGUGGAAAGACGCUACUGUCUUGUUGGAGAAGAUGAUGAAGGCAGGAAUCGAACCGAACGUGGUUACUUAUACCUCCAUCAUUCAAGGAGUGUGCAAUUCCGGCCAAUUGAAAGAGGCUCGAAGACUGCUAAGUCAUAUGGUGCAAAGCAGAGUAAUGCCAAAUGUUGGAACCUUCACUGUCCUGGUGGAUGCUCAUUGUAAAGAGGGAAUGCUUGAAGAGGCAGAGGCCAUAGUCGACCAGAUGAUUCAAUUAGGUAUUGUGCCUGAUAUUUUCAUUUAUGAUACAUUGAUGAAUGGUUAUUGUUUGCAAAAUAGAAUGGAUGAUGCUAUGGAAGUGCUUAAUUGGAUGGUUGAAAGAGGCUGCUCACCUAAUGUCAUUUUUUAUAACACCUUGAUUAACAGAUACUGCAAAGGGAAAAGAGUUGACAAAUCAAAGAUGCUGUUCCAAGAAAUGCUUCAAAGGGGCUUGAAUCCUGAUGUCAUCACGUACAACACUCUCAUAAAUGGAUAUUGCCAGGUUGGGAACCUUCAAGCAGCAGAGGAGCUACUUAAUGAGAUGCAAUCUCGUGAUCUCUCUCUAAAUCAUUAUACUUUGAUUGCUUUCCUGGAUGGCUUGUGUAAAAAGCGACCAAAUGACAAGGCCAUGAUAUUGCAUUGA